UUGUUGGUUUUUGGAGAUUUCAUUCACUUGUUCAAGGGCAUUGUCGUUUUGCGGAUUCAUUUAUCAUGGCUGUUGAUCAAGGACCUCGCCAAUUCACCUGGGAAGAGAUUGAGAAAUCCAUUCCUCCCUCAGGGACGCGCCCCACGCACCUAAAGGCUCCCGCCUACAUGGUCAUCAACAACAAGGUGUAUGACCUCUCCACUGGCUUCUUUUCCUGGCAUCCCGGAGGCGCCGUUGCAUUUUCCCAAUUGGGCAGAGACGCAUCCGGUGCAUUCCAAGUCUUUCACCGUGACCACACCCACGAGAUUCUCGCCAAUUUCUAUGCCGGCGAUUUAGCUCCCUCUGAAAUCAAAAAAGAUUCCGGGUUCGCGCAAGACGUUCAGCAAUUGUUGUGCUUGAUUGAAAAGAAUGGGUGGCUCGUGUCGUCAAAGGCGUGGUAUGCCGUCAAUAUGCUCGGCACACUCUCCAUGGCUCUCGUUGCCGCGUAUUUGGUUUUAUACCACGGCCAGUCUCUUGUAGCCGUUUGCGUUUCAGCCUCCCUCUUGGCCCUCUUUUGGCAACAAUGCGGCUGGCUCUCGCACGAUGUUCUCCACAACCAACUCUUUGAAAGCCAUUUCUUGAACGACGCUGUGGGUUACUUUUUCGGUAAUGUCUGCCAAGGCUUUUCCGUCUCGUGGUGGAAACACAAGCACUGCACGCACCACUCGGUUCCCAACGUUCAUUCCGGCGACCCCGACAUUGAUACCCUCCCCUUUCUCGCUUGGUCUGAACACGCCCUUGAAGGCUUUAGCGAUGUGUCGGAUGCAACGCUGGCCAAAUUCCUCGUCACGUACCAACCCAUCUUGUACUUUCCCUUAUUGUGCUUUGCGAGGUUGAAUUGGGCCCUUUCGAGUUUGAUGUGGGCGUUGGCGCCAGGUGUCUUUCCGCUUCGACAAGGGGUGGAAGUUGGGACGUUGGUUUUGCAUUGGGCGUGGUAUUUGGGGUUGGCGUCGAGGUUGGGGAUGGGGUAUGCGCUGCUUUGGAUGGGCUUGUCCCAAGCCGUUUGUGGUGUGCUUUUGGCUGCCGUCUUUUCCGUCAAUCAUAACGGCAUGCCAAUCUACACCCCAUCCGAAACAACCUCUCUAAACUUUUACGCCCUCUCCAUCCUAACCGCCCGCAACGUCUCACCCACCCUCUUUACAAACUGGUUUACGGGCGGCCUAAACCACCAAAUCGAACACCACAUGUUCCCCAUGGUUCCUCGACACCAUUUACCCCAACUCGUCCCAUACGUUAAAGACUUGUGCAAGAAACAUGGGAUUGAGUAUUGUGUUAUGGGGUUGGGUGAAGGGUUGGGUCAAGUGGUUGGGAGGUUGGGACAUGUUGCGGGAUUGGUUCGGAAAAUGCAUUUACAAUAAUGCUUUUUUUUGGUGGUGGGUUAUAGAAAUACUUGAUGUUUUCUGAUAUAAACUCGAAUCAAAAAAAAAUGGGGUGCUUGUAUUAUCGAAAACAUACAAAAGAAAACCAUUUGCAAAAAAA